CAGAGGCCAUGAAGGCAGUUGUUCUUGCACUGACUUUGGCCCUUGUGGCGGGUCAACAGAACAACCUAACACCGGACUUUGCCACUGGUAAGACCUAUGUGUACCAGUAUGAAGCACUGCUGCAGGGGGGUCUACCCGAGGAAGGUCUGGCCAGGGCUGGAGUGAAGAUUGUCAGCAAAGUUCUCAUCAGUCAAGUUGCCCAGACCACCCACCUGCUCAAGCUCAAGGAACCUCAGUUGUUCCAGUACACUGGUGUAUGGCCCAGAGAUGAAUUCAGCCCUGCUGCAAAGCUCACCCAAGCCUUGGCUGCUCAAUUUCGUAUUCCUGUGAAGUUUGAGUAUGUCAGUGGUGUGGUGGGCAAAUUGUUUGCCCCUGCCGAAGUCUCCGAAACAAUUCUCAAUAUCCACAGAGGAAUUCUCAACAUCCUUCAGCUGAACAUCAAGAAAACACAGAAUGUAUAUGAGUUGCAGGAGGCUGGAUCCCAGGGAGUCUGUAAAACUGAUUAUGUGAUCAGCGAAGACACAAAAGCCGAACGCAUCCAUGUUAUCAAGUCUAAGGACCUGGGGAACUGCCAGAAGAGGGUCAUGGCAGACAUUGGAAUGGCUUACACAGAGACUUGUGUCCAAUGCCAGCAGAAAAGCAAGAACCUGAGAGGAGCUGCAACCUACAGCUAUGUCAUGAAGCCCACCCAAAGUGGUGCUCUCAUCAUGGAAGCCGCUGUCCAGGAGCUUCAUCAAUUUACCCCUUUCCAUGAGCUGACUGGAGCUGCUCAGAUGAAAGCGAGACAAUUGAUGACGUUUGUUGAGGCCCAGAAUGACCCAGUGCAGCCUAUACAAGCAGACUAUCUGGCACGUGGAUCUCUGCAAUAUGAAUUUGCAUCUGAGCUUCUCCAGACACCCAUUCAACUAAUUAAAGUCACCAAUGCCCAGGCACAGAUUGAAGAGAUCUUGAAUCACCUAGUCAAAAACAAUGCGGGUGAGGUUCAUGAAGAUGCUCCACUCAAGUUUGUCGAGUUGGCUCAGCUUCUGCGUAUGGCCAAAUACGAGACCAUCAAUAAAAUUUGGGCUCAAGUCAAGGCAAAGCCAGACUUCAGACGAUGGUUCCUGGAUACUGUCCCUGCCAUUGGAACUCAAGUGGCUCUGAGAUUCAUCAAGGAAAAGUUCUUAGCUGGUGAAGUCACUGUAAUAGAAACUGCCCAGGCUUUGCUGGCUGCUCUCCAUCUAGUAGAAGCUAACUUGGACACUGUCAACUUAGCUGCUAGUGUGGUACUUAAUGCUAAAACUCAGUCACAUCCCAUACUCCGUGAAAUCGCAAUGCUUGGUUACGGUUCCUUGGUAUUCAAGUUCUGUACGGAACAUCAGAACUGUCCUGCUGAUGUUAUAAAGCCUAUUCAUGAUUUCGCUGCAGAAGCAAUUAGUAAGGCAAAUGUUGCAGAAAUUGCCCUGGCUAUGAAGGUCCUCGGAAAUGCAGGUCACCCUGCCAGCAUCAAGCCAAUCAUGAAGCUCCUCCCUGGGUUUGGCUCUACAGCUGCUGCACUUCCAGUCAAAGUCCAGGUUGAUGCUGUGGUAGCUUUGAGACACAUUGCCAAACGGGAACAGAGAAGAGUCCAAGACAUUGCCCUUCAGUUGUUCCUGGACAGAGAUCUCCACCCAGAAUUGCGCAUGGCUGCUUGUGUUGUGCUGUUUAAGACCAAACCCAGCAUUGGUUUGGUUUCCACCAUUGCCGCCGCUCUGCAGAAAGAGAAAAGCCUGCAAGUGGCAAGCUUUACCUAUUCUCACAUGAAGGCCUUGACCAGGAGCACCGCCCCAGACCUUGCCCAAGUUGCAGCUGCUUGCAAUGUUGCUAUCAAGAUCCUGAGCCCCAAGUUUGACAGACUGAGCUAUCGUUUCAGCAAAGCCAUCCACCUGGACUUUUUUCACAACCGCCUGAUGGCUGGUGCUGCGACUACUGCAUACUUCAUCAACGAUGCUGCCACUAUUUUGCCAAGGGCCGUUGUGGCCAAAGUUCGUGCCUAUAUGGUUGGGGCAGCAGCAGAUGUUUUUGAGAUUGGUGUGAGAACCGAAGGAAUCCAGGAGGCUCUUAUGAAAGAACGAGCUGCUGACGCUGGUGCUGACAGGAUCUCCAGGAUGAGGCGCAUCCUGAACGCUCUGACUAACUGGAAGCCGUUACCAACAAGUCAGCCACUGGGUUCAGUGUACUUAAAAUUGUUUGGCCAAGAAAUUGCCUUUGCCAACAUUGACAAGGACAUCAUUGAGAGAGCCAUACAGUUGGCUACCGGAGCUGCUGCACAGCAUGAACUGUGGAAGACUGUGCUGAAUACAUUGCAGUCUGGGGCUGACUUCCAAAUCUCCAAGUCUUUGUUGACCUCUGAGGUGCGUCGCAUCUUCCCCACCUCUGUAGGUUUCCCCAUGGAGCUCAGCCUGUACUCAGCUGCUGUGGCGGCAGCAACAGUUAAAGCAAAAGCAACUCUGACACCUCCACCUAGGGAGAACUUCCAGCUGGCUCAGCUGAAGAACACCGACAUUCAGUUACAGGCUCACAUUGCACCGAGCAUUGCUGUACACAAAAUUGCAGUUAUGGGAGUAAACACGGCCAUCAUUCAAGCUGCAAUUGUGGCCAAAGCCAAAGUUCAUAAUGUCCUUCCUCUGAAGUUCAACGCAAGAGUUCACAUAGCUCAGGGACACUUCAAGAUUGAGGCCUUGCCUCUUCAAGCUCACGGUCGCCUUCUGGAUUUGCAAAUGGAAGCUGUUGCUAUGUCAAGGAAUGUAGAAAAUCUUUCUGGAGCUAAAAUUACCCCAGUACUACCCGAACAUCUUGCAGCCCAACUGUCUAGGGAGAGAUUCACAUCCAGAGCAGAUGCUGACGCUGGUAGUGGAUUGUCAAAGUCGUCUGAAAGAAUUUAUGAGAAUGUAAGCGACGAGAAACGGCCAAAGCAGAACGAUGUUUCAGCCAGAAUGGACAAGAAAUGGUGUGUCACAAUGGCAAACUUAGGACAGCAAGCUUGUGCUAAGAUUACCUCCCAGAAUGCUGGCUUCGUGAGAAACUCCCCUCUAUACAAACUGAUUGGAGAAUAUUCAGUCACUUUGGAUGUGAAGCCUGUUUCCGAUGAAGCUGUUGAAAAGAUAGAGAUUGAGCUGCAAGUUGGACAGAAUGCUGCUUCAAAAAUAAUUAAAAGGAUCACGAUAAAGGACGACAAUACGGAUAAGGGCAAUCGUGGAGGAACCCCAGUUGUAUUGAAACUGAAAAAAAUCCUGGAAACUGAAAGAACACAAAAUUUGAGGAAAUCCAGCAACUCCAGUUCGAGCAGUUCUUCUAGCCGUCGCUCGGGUCAGAAUCGCAGUUCCUCAAGCUCCUCUUCCUCCAGCUCCUCUUCCUCCAGCUCCUCAUCUUCUGGCUCCUCUUCAUCCAGCUCUCGCAACAACAGUAAAAACAGGAAGAGCAAGAGAACCAGUAGCAGUAGCAGCAGCAGUAGUGGCAGCAGAAAGGUUGCCGGUGCCUGGAGUAACGGUAGAUCUGUGAGCAGCAGCUCGUCCAGCUCCCGUAUAUCGAAGGCACAUGUAUUUGGAAGAUUUACAAAGAAUCAUAUUCACCAGCAUGAUGACAAUAGAGCCACCUCCCAGCGCAAGAUCUCUAGCUCCAGCAGCAGCAAGAGCAGCAACAGCAGCAGCAGCAGCAGCAGCAGCAAGAGCAGCAGCAGCAGCAGCAGCAGCAGCAGCAGCAGCAGCAGUAGCAGCAGCAGCAGCAGCAGUAGAAGCAGCAGUAGAAGCAGCAGCAGAAGCAGCAGUAGAAGCAGUGCCUCCAGCUUUGAGGCCAUUUACAAGAAGUCUAGAUUCCUUGGAGAUAGUGUGCCUCCUGCUGCUGUGGUCAUCAUUCGUGCAGUGAGGGGUAAUGACAAGAGGCAGGGAUACCAGAUUGCUGCCUACAUGGACAAAGCUGAUGUCAGGGUACAGGUCAUCAUGGCUGCUCUUGCUGAGAACGACAACUGGAAGAUGUGUGCUGAUGGUAUCCAGCUGAGCAUGCACAAAGUCAUGGCCAAGAUUCGUUGGGGAGAGGAAUGCCAGGACUAUGCAACAGUCAUCCAAGCAGAGACUGGGUUACUGGGUUCACACCCUGCUGUCCAAAUGAAGCUCAACUGGAAGAAGAUCCCCCGUGCUGUUAAGCGCUAUGCUCGGAUGAUUUCUGAGUACAUCCCAGGUGCUGCGCUAAUGGCUGGAUUUAGUGAAGGAAGACACAGAAACAGCAAGAGACAGAUUAAACUCACUGUGGCUUCAACUUCUGCCAGGACCCUCAGUGUUAUCCUUAAAACCCCAAGGAUGACUAUGUACAAGCUGGCUCAGGCAAUUCCCAUUGCUCUACCAUUUGGAGCUGCUGCAGCUCGUGCAGAAGUGGAGCAGAAUAUUGCUAACAGGAUCUACUACAUGUUUGCGGAGGCCAACACAGCCAAGUGCAUCGUAGCUGAUGACACUGUCACCACAUUCAACAAUAGAAGAUAUAGUCCUGAAGUACCUAGCUCUUGCCACCAAGUGCUUGCCCAGGACUGCACCACAGAGCUCAAGUUCGUGGUUUUGAUGAAGAAGGAUGAGACAUCAGAAAAACCACACAUCAUUGUGAAGGUUGCUCAGAUCGAUGUUGACUGGAGUGCUGAUGACAACGGACUCCACAUGAAAGUUAAUGGGAUGGAUGUCCCUACCGUAAAACUACCUUAUGAACAUUCUACAGGUUCCAUCAUUAUAAGACAAAAUGGUGACGGCCUAUCACUUUAUGCUCCUGGACAAGGCCUGCAUGAAGUGUAUUACGAUGGAAACAUUUUGAGGAUUGAAGUGGAAGACUGGAUGAAAGGAAAAGUUUGUGGACUUUGUGGAAAGGCUGAUGGUGAAGUUAGACAAGAAUAUCAAGCACCCAGCGGACGCCAGAUCAUGAGCGCAGUCAGCUUUGGCCAUUCCUGGGUUCUUGCUGCUGAAAGUUGUCGUGAUGCCAGUGAAUGCCGACUGAGGCAAGAAUCAGUGAUGCUGGAUAAGCCAGUUACACUGCAUGGACAGGCAUCUAAAUGUUACUCCACCGAGCCUGUGCUGCAGUGUCUGCCUGAAUGUAAGCCAGUGAAGACAACCCCUGUGACUGUAGGGUUCCACUGUGUCCCUGCUGGUUCCAGAGUGAACAACUUGGUCAGCAUGUGGGAGAAGACUGAAGAUCUCAGGGAUACUCUUGAUGCCCAUGUUAGCUGUAGAUGUACGGAAAACUGUGCUUAGUGUUUUACCUAUAAUGACAUUAUGUAUUGUUAAUGGCUUUCUUUAAUCUGUUGUGAUUAUAAAGUUUCAGUUACAAACACAGGAAUUAGUCUAUUUAUAAAACAUUGAAAAUGACACUUACACUAAUUACAAUAAUGUAUCAUUAGCUAUGAGGACUGCUGGAUAUUAGCAUAGAACUGCCCAAUGAAUUUGCAUGUACUGCCUCAAUCAUAUUGAGAAAUAAAAGUAAGAAAAGAUCAAA